GAACUUGAACAGAGUUUUAAAUAAAUAAUGGUUAAACAUUUCUUUAGUACAUUGAACAAUACAAUAAAUAAUGGUUCCAACCCCCUCCUGAUCGCAGUUGCGGGUAUCGAACCGUGGUCCUCCUUGCGAAGUACAACGACAAUCACCACUACACCAACCAACUAUUCGUUGAGAUAAUCUAUUCGUUCUAUGUAAAUCUGUGUACUCUAAUUAUGCAAAGAUGCGUCACUGUCUGUAAAAGUUACAUUAUUUUAGUUCAUUGAACAAUACCCUAUUAAUGCACAUUCUGGUCCUAAUCUGGAUAGUACACAACAAACACAAGGUAUUAUGACAAAUUUCGAAGUUGUAUAUAAAGGACCAACCUUAACUUACAUUUCUCAAAUCCCAAACAGCAAUAUCACAAUUAGUACUAAUUAACAAUGAAAAUGAGAACCCAAAAAACCCUUACAUUCCUCUUUUUACUAUCUUUUCUAUUUGCACAAAUCUCUGAAUCCGCCAUUCCUAAGUUUCUUUCUCCUGAUGCCUUAAAUGGUUUUCUCAAGAACAAUAAAUUUUCAUUAGCUGAAAUAAGAAAGAAAUACGAUUCCUUUCUUAAAUUACCAAGAAAAUCAGAUGGGCGCAGCAUUGAUUUUAGUAAGCUGAAUAAAAAUGCCGAGAAAAUUAGAGCGCGUUUGGAGAAAACCCAAGAACGUUUGGAGCAAGCCCAAGACGUCUACGAUGCCAUACAAAAUUUACAAAACUACGGCUUCUUAAACACUUCCUUAUUGCAAUCAAAUCCCCCAGAUAAAUUGGAAAUUACUGAUCUACAAUCUGCAAUGAGCAGAAUUCAGGAAAAUUUCAAUCUCACUAAAGGAAAGCUCGAUCAAGAUACAAUUAAUAUCAUUUCAAAGCCACGUUGUGAUUUUCCUGACAAAAUCAAUGGAACCAACACAUUCACGAAAUUAAUCAACAAACAAAUAUCGCUUAGACCGUGGUGGAGGAAUGAGAAGAAAAACAUCGUAACAUAUGCUUUUGGCAAUAAUGUUCCACCAAAAGUCAAGAAUUUCUUUCAAGCCACGUUUAUGAAAAGUUGGUCGAAGAAGUUGAUGAUCAACUUCAUAGAGACGAAAUCGUUUAAGGAUUCGGAUAUUCUUAUAGCGUAUGUUAAGGUUGAUGCAAAAGGUGGAGUGGUGGGGAGUUGGAAAUGUAUAUUUGGAUAGAGAGGAGCAGUGGUCGUUGUCUAGCCAGAUAAUGAUGCGAAAGUCAUGAAUAACAUUAUGGAAUAAAAGUUACUUCAUAAAUCUAUCGUGCAUAAGUGAAACAAGUCAUUUACAAUGCACAAAUUUGUUUUAAUAAUCAAUAAUUGUUGUGUGUAAUAAUAAGUAAGAAUGUAAAAUGAUUUUAUUUUUCACUCGGUGUAUGUCAAUCUUUGAAUUGAUUACUUUUGUGAGAAAUUGUUAUUUUGAUGAAUUUGUAAUGUAAUUUUUCUUGUUUUUGUUUCUA